GUAAGUGAUGCAUUUUUUUCUUCGCAGUAAAAACAAUUUUUAUCUUUGUAGCUCAAUGGAAAAAAACAAGGUUAUGAAAAUCUUUGUUGUCUUCGUUGUAUUCAACCACGUGAUACAAAUUUUAAUAAGAAAUGUAUUUGUCGUGUACCAAAAGAAAAAUUAGAAGAAGGCAAAGUUGUUGAAUGUGUUCAUUGUGGAUGCCGUGGAUGUUCCGGUUAA